AUGUCAUUGUACCAGGGCUGCAUCACGCACGCGGAGGACACGCUCACCCCCGAACCAGCUGACAUGAAUGACGACGACAACUUCUCCAGUCAGGGCUUCAAAGACGCGGAGAAGUUGAAAAUGAUGUUGCUUGCAUGGAAUUACCACAGCCAAAGUCAAGGCCGCAACGGAGAGAUGGCGGAGAGCGGAGCGGACAGCAUGGCGGAUCUGUGGGCGUCCUACCACAGCGCUUUGGGGCUCGGCUCCAAGCCCCCUAAGGCCCCGACCCCAUUGGCCCAAGGCCAUUCGGUGAGUUUUAAGAGCCCGAUCCACGUGGGCUCCGCUACUCCCGUGGAGCCAGCCUCCACGCACGACGAGACCUCAUCCUCCGACCGCACCAAGGACGAUGACGAUGCUGGUGCCUCUGACGAUGAUAGCGAUGAUCGGGUGGAUCCGCAGCAUCAUGACCCGGAGAGGCUGAAAGCUUUUAACAUGUUCGUGCGCCUCUUCGUCGACGAGAACCUAGAUAGGAUAGUGCCAAUAUCCAAACAACCCAAAGAGAAGAUCCAGGCCAUCAUCGAUUCGUGCACCCGACAAUUCCCGGAGUUUGCCGAGCGCGCCCGAAAGCGCAUUCGGACGUAUCUCAAGAGUUGCAGACGGAACAAGAAGGUGCGCGGCGACGGACCGGCAACGGGCAACGGCAGCAGCACACCGUCUGGCAACGCUUGGGACUCAGCGGUGCGGCCGACUCCGGCGCAUCUCACGUCGGUGCAAGCGGAACACAUACUGGCGCAGGCGUGCGAGAACGAGAGCCUGAACGCGAAGCGCAUGCGUCUAGGAUUGGACCCCGUGAGCCAACCGAUGCCUACAGUACCGACGCCGAUGGCCAUCGACACCACCGCGACUUCAGCCGUGGCCUCCUCCUUCCUCAGCCUGUACAGCGGAGCCAUCAGCAGCCCGGCCUCUACGCCCACCACCAGCACGGCCUCGCUGCCCACUGCUGGGCACAGCAAGGCCGCUGCGGACACCACGCGGCCGUCAGCCAGUCCCACUAUGGAGAACGCUCUCUUGAACAAUAACAGCCUGAAGCUUGAUAAUGCUAACGGCAAUGCUGGGAGUAAAACUGCCAGCCCGGCUUCGUCUCCAGCGCCGCUGUUCAGACCCUCGUUCCCAAAUACUUUCGGCACUCCGCAGACUUUCGGAAGGCAGCCGACCAGUUCAAAUCCGGCAACAGCGCUCUCAAGCAGCGCUCUGCUGUCAACACUGACUUCUCUGCCUCCUACAGGCGUCGGAGUGAACGCAGCAAUGGCGGCUUACCAAAGUGCGUUACUGUCGGCCAUGGCAGCGCAUACUCAUACAUUCCCUACUAGCCUCUCUGCUCCAACAGAUCUGUCAUUGAAGAACACGCCUACCCCGACGUCGCUCCACGCCACGUCCACCGUCUCUUCUCUCGCGGCCAACACCGCUUCUUCCACUUCUAAGACCCCUCUCCUCUCGCACAAGCUGUCAGGGGCCGAAGUGGGAGCCGUCAGGCAGCUCAUCACCGGCUACCGUGAGUCCGCUGCCUUCCUUCUCCGCUCGGCCGACGAACUCGAGGCUCUCCUCUUGAACCAACCCUAGGGUUCAACCAAACCCUCAUUCGCUGACACGCUCGGGUUCAAAUUCGGUUACUUUUAACCUGAAUACCUCAUUUUAACGAGUGUGCCGCCGAAUGGCCGGAAAAGUGCCCCAAAAUUGUUUCACGUUGGACUUUUCAAAUUUGUACGUGUUUACGAACAUUUUUGUAUAUUUGGACGAUAUUGUUAUCGAGGACAAAUUCAAAAUUGUGGUUUGAUAAAUGCUUUGUUCGAUUCCGGUGUUACGACAAUUUUUAUGCUAUUGUUAUUUGAAUUCGUUAUUUAAGUGACUGUUUGAGGAUGCCAAUCGCGUAACGUUGUUUUUUAGAAGUACAAAUAAUCCAGAUUCAAUACAAUAGUCAGUUUUCUCAAUAGUUCAUUAAUUCACAUACAAUACAGGCUUUGUGUAACCAUAUGCUAUGCAGUAGAAUACAGUUCACAGUAAUAUUACAUCGCUUUGUUUUCCAGACAAUGUUCGGUUGUCAUCACUGUCCUAGUGCGUCUAGUUGUAUGGUGCUUGUUUCCUCACAGUACAGUACAGUGUUGCCAACUUUUUCUACCGUUUUAAUCUUGUCCAGUUAUAGUUAGUAGUCACGAGUGCCCGCUCGUAUGUCCAUAAGUCUAUUUCGGCGAUUCGUACAAAGCUGCCAUAAUUAUUGUAAAGAAAAUUAAUACGUGUUGCCAUUCGACACUGGUUGGAAGAGUACAAAAUUAUUUUUGUGUAUAUUUAGAUGUAAGAAAGAAAUCAGGGAGAUUCUAGUGUUAGGUUUAAAUUCGAAUUCUUGCCUGGUGUGAUUUGUUUAGUCUGGUGCGAGUCACUGGGCGUGCUUGGUCCUGGCGGCUACAUAGGUAUACCUAUCUUCGCGUUUUAAACAUUUUGGAGUAAGAAAUACACUAUUUCACUUACACGUUAAAGUAUGAAUCUAAUAUUAGGUUCUAAAGUGGCAUUUUAGAUAUAAGAAGCACGAAUUUAUUUGUUGUUUUGUACUAUAAGAAUAGUGCAGUAGUUGUACUUAUACAUGAUUAAUAUAUUUCUAAUUUAUCACUUUAUUUAAAAUUCUUCGAUUUAUUAGCAUUUUUGUGGUCGGCUCCAUCCUUUGUAACUUUCUCAGUCGUUGUCUUAGUUUCUUCGUAUGCAUUUCGCAUUUGAAGUAACUUUCGCUUUGCCCAGUACAAUGAACAUUUAUGUUCUUAUAUCUAUUUGUUACCAUAGAUUUUAUGGCCAAGUACUAUAGUUAGUUAUAAUUAGUGUUACUGCUUUUAUGAUGUACAAAUAAGGUUCAAUUCAUUGUAAUAUAAAUGAAUCCGUUUUCAAGUUUCUAUAUGUGGCCUAUGUUAUUUUGUGCAAAAUUUUCGAUACUUAUACCUCGUUAUCACAUAUUUUGUUCAAUUUGUUAACAAGUUAACUUAGGAUAGUUUGUUUACAAUCUCGGCCAGUGUUAGUCGAUGUUUCCGAUUUAAGCAACUACUAUAGGUUUUGAUUUAUAAAUAAGUUUUGAAACAGUAUACUUAAAUAGAAUAAUUAAAUGUCAUAAACGCUUAUUAAGUUGCUACUGAUUUUAUUGCUUCGAUAUUUGGUACCAUUGUGGAUAGGCCCGAUUGCGUGCAUUGAGCCAAUAACAUCUCAGGUAAAUUCAAAUGGACCAAUCACGUGCUAGCAUUUUUGCGUGGCCCAUCCACAAUGGUGCAAGAUGUUCGGAGACCGCAAUUAAUGUAUGAUAGUUUUCCAGUUUGCCAGUUUUCUCAUUAGUAUAAACGCUUCUCGCCAGUUUUAACAUAGAAAAUUGUAAAUUCACUUUUGAAUAUUAAAAUUGCCAAAGAAACGAAUUGAUUUGUGUACGUUAUGUGGAAUUGCUGAUUACUUUUAUGUAUUUGUAUGAUUAUGUUAGGGUUAAUUUAGCUUAGUUUUAUCUAAAAGUCAUUCCAAUAUUUUUCUAAAGAGAACAUCAUCGGUGCGAUAGGAAAUGCUGUAGUCAUUGUAAAUGAAAAAUAUGUAAAAAGUAUGUUUAGAGUAUUAUAAAAAAAGUUGAUUAGAAAUAUGAGAAAGUUGAUGUUGGGAUAACGAAAAAAAAAAAAACGAAAAUGGUGGUAAACGUUGAGAAAAUGAAUUUGUUAGACAUUAAAAUAUAUUAUUAUUAGAGAUGUAUAAAUGGUUUACAAUUAUUAUUAUUAGUUUGAGAGAAUAACAAAAAUGAUGAAAAUG